AGUGUGGUGGGAAUAAAUAAACCUACCAUCUUCAUCCAGCUGCUUUCCAACUUACUAGAAAUAACAUUGCAGUGAGCCUCAGAUUUUUCAAAAAUGGCCACUCAAAAUCAGAAAUCAGCACAAACUGAUGUCUUUCGUCCGUUAGCAAACUUUCCCCCUUCAGUUUGGGGUUGCAGCUUUGCUUCGUUAUCCUCCACUGCAGAUUUGGACUUCGAAUCGUAUACCAAAGAGGUAGAAGCUCUUAAAGAAACAGUGAAGGAAAUGCUAACGCAAUCUACAACGACAAUAAUGGAGAAUAUUGAGUUCAUCAACUUAUUAUGCCGUUUUGGUGUUUCGUAUCAAUUUGAAAAUGAAAUUGACGAACAACUGAAUCAAAUUUUCAUUACCCUUCCUAAUCUUCUUUAUCAAAAUGAUUAUGACCUCUAUGAAUUGGCACUCUUGUUUCGAGUUUUGAGACAACAUGGCUAUAAAAUGUCUUGUGAUGUAUUUUACAAAUUCAAGGAGAGCAAUGGCGAGUUCAAAAAAAGCAUCAUCAAUGAUGUAAAAGGGCUGCUGAGUUUGUAUGAAGCUGUAUUUCUGAGUGUGCAUGAAGAAGAUAUUCUAGAUGAAGCCCUUGUUUUUACAAGGUAUCACUUGGAGAUAUUGGCUGAGAAAUGUAACCCUAACCUUGCAAAACAUAUAAAAAAUGCCUUGCAUCGCCCAUCCCACCAAGGAAUUGAAAGAAUAGAGCAUAGGCUUUAUAUUUCUUUUUAUGAAGGAGAAGAUUCUAAAAACGAAACCCUAAUCAAGUUUGCUAAACUCGAUUUUAAUCGAUUGCAAAUACUCUACAAGAAAGAGCUUGCCAUGCUCUCAAGGAGAUGGGAGGAGAUGAAUCUUCCUCAACAGCUCCCUUAUGCAAGAGAUAGACUUGUGGAGAAUUAUAUUUGGGCAAUUUCUGCCCAUUUCGAGCCUCGAUAUUCUUCUUCUCGAUUGCUGGUCACCAUGUCUGCAAAUUUGAUAGCAGCCAUGGACGAUACAUAUGAUGCAUUUGCUACCCUUGAAGAACUUGAGUGUUUCACUACUGCAUUUCAGAGGCUUGACAUGAGUGCUACUGAUGAGCUACCAGAGUACAUGAAAGUUCUUUACAAAGCAUUGCUACAUUUUUUUCAUGAAUCAGAGAAAACUAGCGAAGGGAUGUCUUACAGACUAACUUUUUUAAAAGAGGCGUUCAAAGAGCUAGCAAGAGUGUAUUUGAGAGAGGCACAAUGGUUUUAUGGUGGUGAUGUGCCAACACUCAAUGAAUACGUACGCAAUGGAAUCAUAAGCAGUGCUUACAAUCCGAUAACAGCAGCAUCCUUACUCGGAAUGGGAAAUGAAGUAGGAAUAAAAGAAUCUGAAUGGCUCCAAAAACAACCAAAAAUUCUUGAAGCUGCCAUGUUAAUAUGUCGUCUAAUGGAUGACAUACAAUCACAUGAGUUUGAGAAAAAAAGGGGAGACUGUCCUUCAAGCGUGGAGUGUUACAUGAACGAAAAUGAUUCUUCAAAAGAGGAAGCUGUUGAAGUGAUACAGAAAAUGUGCGUGAAUGCAUGGAAAGACAUCAACGAACAACGCAUGAAACCAAACGUUGUUUCAGGAACUCUUCUUAAGUUUUAUCUCAACCUUUCACGCGUGAUGGACUUUCUUUACAAACACCAUGACGGAUACACAAAUCCGGCGUAUAUAAAAGAUGAUGUCGAGUCGUUAUUCCUCGAGGAAUUUCCCAUGUAAUGGUAAGGAUGAAUGGCGAUCACAUCCUGGAAUUUCCCAUCUUUAGUGUGUUUAAGUUCUGAACAUUCUUACAUACAAUAUUAGGGCUAGAAUGUUCCUUAAUAAAAUGUUUGUUUAGUUUUAUUUAUUAACUAUUACACAA